AUGUACUACGUUUGCUCAAACAUUGUGAAGCCCCUCACCGAACCAUAUCAGCUUUCUCUCGUGGAACUGGUAGGUCCAACGAUGAUCCAAUGGUUUGUGAGUCAUUACUGGGGCAUGCCCGUUCGUCAUUUCAGUGAUGCCAUACGCAAGCACGCCCAGAGCUACCACGGAGACUGGCGAGACGCAGCUUAUUGGAUUUGCACCUUCAGUAACAGCCAGUGGCAUGUCAAGGAGGAGCUUGGGCAUGGACGAUGGCAGGAUUCAUCCUUUUACCUCGCAUUGAGAUCUCCAGAAUGCAAAGGUACUACCAUGAUUAUUGAUGAGCUGGUUUUGCCUCUACAGCGGAUUUGGUGCCUUUUUGAGGUCUACCAAACCAUUUGCCUGACUCGAAGCAGCCACUUUCAUGGUUUGCUUCUUUGCACUUCCUCGGGUGUCUUGCAACAGGGCAAAGCCGGCACUGAUGUUGCUGUGGCCGUCGCCCAGACCGUUGCGACACUCGACACUCGAAGUGCUGUAGCAUCGGCAGAGGAAGAUCGGCAGAUGAUCCAUUCCCUGAUUGAGCAAAUGCCAGGAGGUUUUGACACAAUGAACACCUUUGUAUGCGAUACAAUUUGCAAUGCAUUGGAAGCAUCCCACUUGCACUACGAAAGCACACUCAAGAACUUGAUGCAGAACUUGAGGUUGCGGGUUGCUCCUACCUCCUCAGUUUCCUCGCCACCAGUGGCGUUUUUGCCGACACUUCUCACCAGUGGUGCUAGCAGUGCCAAACUGCCAGCAAGUAAGGAGGGUAAGGAAGGUACCAGCUAG